GUUCUACACAUCUCUGUCGCAUUUUAGCAGCCGACGCGCUUGCAAAAAAAAAGGAGGAAGGAAAUAAUUUUCUCAAUUUUCCCCACCAGCAGCAGCCGCAAGUUUGCUGAGAGUGUACAAUUAAAUUUGAAAUCAAUUAUCGCAUGACUGCAAAUUGUGUGUUGACGAAGCAAACGUGAAUUUUUGAAACAAUUGCCUAAGCGUGGACAUCAUUUUGCCGACUGUGCGCACGCUUUUGCCGCCGCCGCUUUGUUGUUUUGGCGCCCGAUUUUGCGACGCGCACGAAAAUUGUUGUGUGCAAAUUGUAAAUUAGCCGCACAUAGUGUAAAAAAUGGUGGAUCGCAGUGAUAAUGCAGCGGAAUCCUUUGACGAUGCAGUCGAAGAGCGUGUGAUCAACGAAGAGUACAAGAUAUGGAAGAAGAACACCCCAUUUCUAUACGAUCUGGUCAUGACGCACGCCCUAGAAUGGCCCUCGUUGACGGCCCAAUGGUUGCCCGAUGUGACGAAGCAGGAUGGCAAGGAUUACUCAGUGCAUCGCCUCAUAUUGGGCACACACACUUCGGAUGAACAGAAUCAUUUGCUCAUUGCCAGCGUUCAGCUACCCAGCGAAGAUGCCCAGUUCGAUGGUUCACACUAUGACAAUGAAAAGGGUGAAUUUGGUGGCUUUGGAUCGGUGUGCGGUAAAAUUGAAAUUGAGAUCAAGAUCAAUCACGAAGGAGAGGUGAAUCGUGCACGCUACAUGCCGCAAAAUGCCUGCGUAAUUGCCACCAAGACGCCAUCGAGCGAUGUGCUUGUCUUCGAUUACACAAAGCAUCCCAGCAAACCGGAACCAUCCGGUGAAUGCCAACCCGACUUACGAUUGCGAGGACAUCAAAAGGAAGGUUACGGUCUGUCCUGGAAUCCCAAUUUAAAUGGUUAUUUGCUCUCGGCAUCGGACGAUCACACCAUCUGCUUGUGGGACAUUAAUGCCACACCGAAAGAGCAUCGCGUGAUUGAUGCCAAGAAUAUAUUUACUGGUCAUACCGCUGUUGUUGAGGACGUCGCAUGGCAUUUGCUGCACGAAUCACUUUUUGGCUCAGUGGCUGACGAUCAGAAACUUAUGAUUUGGGAUACCAGAAACAACAACACCUCCAAGCCAUCACAUACCGUCGAUGCGCAUACUGCUGAAGUCAAUUGUUUGAGCUUUAAUCCAUACUCGGAGUUUAUAUUGGCCACGGGUUCGGCGGACAAAACGGUUGCCCUCUGGGAUUUGCGUAAUCUCAAACUGAAACUACAUUCCUUCGAGUCGCACAAGGAUGAAAUUUUCCAGGUGCAAUGGUCGCCGCAUAAUGAGACAAUUUUGGCUUCGUCUGGCACUGAUCGUCGUCUGCACGUCUGGGAUUUGUCGAAAAUUGGCGAGGAGCAGAGCUCCGAGGAUGCCGAAGAUGGCCCGCCAGAGCUGCUGUUCAUCCACGGUGGUCAUACGGCCAAAAUCAGCGAUUUCUCGUGGAAUCCGAAUGAACCCUGGAUUAUUUGCAGUGUUUCCGAAGAUAAUAUUAUGCAAGUGUGGCAAAUGGCCGAGAAUGUUUACAACGAUGAGGAGCCCGAGAUACCCGCCUCCGAUCUGGAAACCAAUACCGCUUAAAGCAAAAACAACAACAGCAACAAAUCCGAACAGUUCAAUUUUUUGG